CACUGGCGCAGCCUGCACCGCCGCUGCAGCCCCGCCCCGCCCUGGCGUUGUCCCUGGCCCUGUGGCGGACUAACCACGGCCCGGGCAUAGGCGGCAAGGGAGACGCGAGCGGUGCGUGUGCCGCGGCUGCGCUGCCGGUGACAGGUACCCAGGGGUGGCGUGAGGAGGCCUCAUGGACAGAGAGAGGGUUUGGGGCGCAAGGCGACCCUGUGUCCCCGUCACAUUGAACUUUCGCCUCUACCGAGUUUGCUAUAAAAUGGGAGUUCUGAUUGUACUCACUGUUCUGUGGCUGUUCUCCUCAGUAAAGGCCGACUCAAAAGCCAUUACAACCUCUCUUACAACAAAAUGGUUUUCCACUCCAUUGUUGUUAGAAGCCAGUGAGUUUUUAGCAGAAGACAGUCAAGAGAAAUUUUGGAAUUUUGUAGAAGCCAGUCAAAGUAUUGGAUCAUCAGAUCAUCACGGUACUGAUUAUUCCUAUUAUCAUGCAAUACUGGAAGCUGCAUUUCAGUUUCUGUCACCUCUCCAGCAGAAUUUGUUGAAAUUUUGUCUAUCUCUUCGUUCCUACUCAGCUACGAUCCAAGCCUUCCAGCAGAUAGCAGCUGAUGAACCUCCACCGGAAGGAUGUAAUUCGUUUUUUUCCGUGCAUGGAAAGACGACUUGUGAAUCUGAUACCCUGGAGACUCUUCUACUGACAGCCUCUGAAAGACCCAAACCUUUAUUGUUCAAAGGAGAUCACAGAUAUCCCUCAUCUAAUCCUGAAAGCCCAGUGGUGAUUUUCUACUCUGAGAUUGGCUCUGAGGAAUUUUCUAAUUUUCACCGCCAACUUAUUUCAAAAAGCAAUGCAGGCAAAAUCAAUUAUGUAUUCAGACAUUAUAUAUUUAAUCCCAGGAAGGAGCCUGUUUACCUCUCUGGCUAUGGUGUGGAAUUGGCCAUUAAGAGCACUGAGUACAAGGCCAAGGAUGAUACUCAGGUGAAAGGAACUGAGGUAAAUGCCACAGUGAUUGGUGAAAAUGAUCCUAUUGAUGAGGUUCAGGGAUUCUUCUUUGGAAAAUUAAGAGAUCUGCACCCCGACCUGGAGGGACAGUUGAAAGAACUCAGAAAGCAUCUUGUGGAGAGCACCAAUGAAAUGGCACCUUUAAAAGUUUGGCAGUUGCAAGAUCUCAGUUUCCAGACUGCUGCUCGAAUCUUGGCUUCUCCUGUUGAGUUGGCUCUGGUUGUUAUGAAGGAUCUUAGUCAGAAUUUUCCUACCAAAGCCAGAGCAAUAACAAAAACAGCUGUGAGCUCAGCACUUAGAACCGAAGUGGAAGAGAAUCAGAAGUAUUUCAAGGGAACUUUAGGAUUACAACCUGGAGAUUCAGCCCUCUUCAUCAAUGGACUUCACAUUGAUUUAGAUACACAGGAUAUAUUCAGUCUGUUUGAUGUGUUGAGGAAUGAAGCUCGGGUAAUGGAGGGUCUGCAUAGAUUGGGAAUAGAAGGCCUUUCUCUGCAUAAUGUUUUGAAGCUGAACAUCCAGCCCUCUGAGGCAGACUAUGCAGUAGACAUCCGGAGUCCUGCUAUUUCAUGGGUCAACAACCUGGAGGUUGAUAGCAGAUAUAAUUCGUGGCCUUCUAGUUUACAAGAGUUGCUUCGACCCACCUUUCCUGGUGUUAUUCGGCAGAUCAGGAAAAACUUACAUAAUAUGGUUUUCAUAGUUGAUCCUGCACACGAGACCACAGCAGAGUUGAUUAACGUAGCUGAGAUGUUCCUCAGCAAUCAUAUCCCACUAAGAAUUGGUUUUAUCUUUGUGGUUAAUGACUCUGAAGAUAUUGAUGGGAUGCAAGAUGCUGGAGUGGCUGUUCUUAGAGCAUAUAAUUAUGUUGCCCGAGAGGCGGAUGAUUAUCAUGCCUUCCAGACUCUGACACAAAUCUAUAACAAGGUGAGGACUGGAGAAAAAGUGGAAGUUGAACAUGUGGUCAGUGUCCUGGAGAAGAAAUAUCCAUAUGUAAAAGUGAAUAGCAUUUUGGGGAUUGAUUCUGCUUAUGAUCAGAAUCGUAAGGAAGCAAGAGGCUACUAUGAGCAGACUGGGGUUGGACCCCUGCCUGUUGUGCUGUUCAAUGGAAUGCCCUUUGAAAGGGAACAGCUAGACCCUGAUGAGUUAGAAACCAUCACAAUGCAUAAAAUCCUGGAGACCACCACCUUCUUCCAAAGAGCAGUGUACUUGGGUGAAGUGCCCCCUGACCAAGACGUGGUAGAGUAUAUCAUGAAUCAGCCAAAUGUUGUUCCACGAAUCAAUUCUAGGAUUUUGACAGCUGAACGAGACUACCUGGAUUUAACAGCAAGUAAUAACUUCUUUGUGGAUGAUUAUGCUAGAUUUACUAUCUUGGAUUCCCCAGGCAAGACUGCUGCUGUAGCCAAUAGUAUGAACUAUCUGACAAAGAAAGGAAUGUCUUCCAAGGAAAUCUAUGAUGAUUCUUUUAUUAGGCCAGUCACAUUUUGGAUUGUUGGGGAUUUUGAUAGCCCUUCUGGACGGCAGUUACUCUAUGAUGCCAUCAAACAUCAGAAAUCCAGUAACAAUGUUAGAAUAAGCAUGAUCAAUAAUCCUGCCAAAGAGAUAAGCUACGAGAACACUCAGAUCUCCAGAGCAAUCUGGGCAGCUCUCCAAACUCAGACUUCCAACGCUGCUAAGAACUUCAUCACCAAAAUGGCCAAGGAGGGGGCUGCAGAGGCCCUGGCUGCAGGAGCUGACAUUGCGGAGUUCUCUGUUGGGGGAAUGGAUUUCAGUCUUUUUAAAGAGGUCUUUGAGUCUUCCAAAAUGGAUUUCAUUUUGUCUCAUGCCGUGUACUGCAGGGAUGUUCUGAAGCUGAAGAAGGGACAGAGGGCAGUGAUCAGCAAUGGAAGGAUCAUUGGGCCACUGGAGGAUAGUGAGCUCUUUAAUCAAGACGAUUUCCACCUCCUCGAAAAUAUCAUCUUAAAAACCUCAGGACAGAAAAUAAAAUCUCAUAUUCAACAGCUUCGGGUAGAAGAAGAUGUGGCAAGUGACUUGGUAAUGAAGGUGGAUGCUCUCCUGUCAGCACAACCCAAAGGAGAUGCAAGAAUUGAGUACCAGUUUUUUGAAGACAGACACAGUGCAAUUAAACUGAGGCCGAAGGAAGGGGAGACGUACUUUGAUGUCGUGGCUGUCGUUGACCCUGUCACCAGAGAAGCACAGAGACUUGCUCCCUUGCUCUUGGUUUUGGCUCAGCUGAUAAACAUGAAUCUGAGAGUAUUUAUGAACUGCCAAUCCAAACUUUCCGACAUGCCUUUAAAAAGCUUUUACCGUUAUGUCUUAGAACCAGAGAUUUCUUUCACUUCAGACAGUAGUUUUGCUAAGGGUCCAAUAGCAAAAUUUUUGGAUAUGCCUCAGUCUCCACUGUUCACUCUGAAUUUGAACACACCUGAGAGCUGGAUGGUAGAAUCUGUCAGAACACCAUAUGAUCUUGAUAAUAUUUAUUUAGAAGAGGUGGACAGUAUAGUGGCUGCUGAGUAUGAGCUGGAGUACCUGUUACUGGAAGGUCAUUGCUACGACAUCACCACAGGCCAGCCUCCACGGGGACUGCAGUUUACCUUAGGAACUUCAGCCAACCCGGUCAUCGUGGACACCAUUGUUAUGGCCAAUCUGGGCUACUUUCAGCUGAAAGCCAACCCAGGAGCUUGGAUCCUCAGACUUAGGAAGGGACGCUCUGAAGAUAUUUAUAGAAUUUACAGCCAUGAUGGCACCGAUUCUCCCCCUGAUGCUGAUGAUGUGGUUAUCGUCCUUAACAACUUCAAAAGCAAAAUUAUUAAAGUGAAGGUUCAGAAGAAGGCAGAUAUGGUGAACGAAGACUUGCUGAGUGAUGGAACGAGUGAGAAUGAAUCUGGAUUUUGGGAUUCCUUCAAAUGGGGCUUUACAGGAGGACAGAAGACUGAGGAAGUGAAGCAAGAGAAAGAUGACAUAAUUAAUAUUUUCUCCGUUGCAUCUGGUCAUCUCUACGAAAGAUUUCUUCGCAUAAUGAUGCUAUCCGUGCUGAAGAAUACCAAGACUCCUGUGAAAUUCUGGUUCUUGAAGAAUUACUUGUCCCCCACAUUUAAGGAGUUUAUACCUUACAUGGCAAAUGAAUACAAUUUUCAGUACGAGCUUGUUCAGUACAAAUGGCCCCGGUGGCUUCAUCAACAGACUGAAAAACAACGUAUCAUCUGGGGUUACAAGAUCCUCUUCCUGGAUGUACUUUUCCCACUAGUUGUUGACAAGUUCCUGUUUGUGGAUGCUGAUCAGAUUGUCCGAACAGAUCUGAAAGAGUUGAGAGAUUUCAGUUUGGAUGGUGCUCCUUAUGGUUACACUCCCUUCUGUGACAGCCGAAGAGAAAUGGACGGCUACAGGUUCUGGAAGUCAGGGUACUGGGCCAGUCAUUUAGCUGGGCGAAAGUAUCAUAUCAGUGCACUAUAUGUUGUGGAUCUGAAGAAGUUUAGGAAAAUAGCUGCUGGUGACAGACUCAGGGGACAGUACCAAGGUCUGAGUCAGGACCCUAACAGCCUUUCAAAUCUUGAUCAAGAUCUGCCCAAUAACAUGAUUCAUCAGGUGCCAAUUAAAUCCCUCCCUCAAGAAUGGCUUUGGUGUGAAACGUGGUGUGAUGAUGCCUCUAAGAAAAGGGCAAAAACCAUUGAUUUGUGUAAUAAUCCAAUGACCAAAGAGCCCAAACUGGAAGCAGCCGUGCGAAUUGUCCCAGAGUGGCAGGACUACGACCAAGAGAUCAAACAGCUCCAGCUCCGCUUUCAGAAGGAGAAGGAAACGGGAACGCUGUACAAAGAGAAGACAAAAGAACCCAGCCGAGAAGGUCCUCAGAAACGCGAAGAAUUAUGAUCUCUGGAGAAGGACAGGAAAUUGCCCCCUUUGAAAAACAGUUUUUAUACUAAAUAUUAGUUUUUUCUGAUCUGUCUAUACAACUGCUGAUGUACUGGCUGGGUCGCACCUUUUGAUUCUGAGCAUUUGAUUCUGACUUCUGCACUCUGGUGGCCGCUGGAUCUUUGGGAUUGAAGCUGUAUUGGAAUGUACCUCAGAGGAAGACCAAGUGGCUGAUCUUCUGGACUCUGUAAAGAGCAUUCUUCUAGCCAGAGGGUGGAAUGGCAGCAGCAACUGGAAGAAAAUGGUUGUUUUGGUGCCCACACCCAAGAGCACACACAUGGUGCGGUGUCUCAGCAAGCAGGGCCAGCUAAAGCCGCCAUGUUCUUCCUUACCUCAGUUUACCUGCAGCCUGCGCUGCACUGCAGAUGCCCAUCCUCCCCAGGGUCUGGCUGGCAGAAGCUCUGUCCAAGGUCCACACAUCUCCAGGUUUAUGCCAACAUGCUCCUUGUGCCCUCCCCACUUUCUCUUCCCACGCAUUAGGUGCGUUGUUUAACUGAAAUCCAACUGACAACUGUGUGUCAAGGCUGGUUCGGUGCAGUGGCUGGGCAAAUUAAUUUUGGGCCGGGAUGGCGGUGGGUUGCAGUGAGGGUAGGGAAAAUAUCAGGAGUAGGAACGUUCCGGGGGUUAUGGGAAGGGAAGGAAGACCAGAACUGGCCAUCCUCUUUUUUAAUCCAUUAGUAGCACCAUGGCUCAUUUGAAAUGAAAAUGUUACACUUAUUCCCCACCCAACCACAGUGAACUUUCUAGGAAAUUGUUUUGAAAACAAAUUUUAUAUCUGUGAAAGUCUUUGCUUUUUCUUUCCACUUUCUAGUGGAAAGAAACUGUUACCAGUUUCCUUACUGGAUACAGCCAUGCUCAACCUCCCUCGUAUCCAGAACGUCAGGAUCAGGGUCAGGCUCCCUCAAGACGAGCAUCGCAUUGUCUGCCCUGUCCUGCGCAGGAUUUUCUCUCAGACCCAGGGGACAUUGCCUUGGACUUUCCUCUACAAAUGCCCUCAGCUCUAAGACCAGGAAUGAUUCUGCUUGUAGAACGUGUGGCUUUCUGUCCUAUUUUCCUUUUGUUUGAGCACUGCAGGUUACCUUUGGUGCCCACAGCAGUUCUGUCUUCAUGUCUCUGCGUCAUGAAGCCCCAUUUGCCUUUAGUCCCUGCUUUGUGUGUCUUCACUUCCACAGCCCGUGUUGCCCCUCGGGGCAGCCUGUGCUGGUGAACGCGCUGUCGAGUCUUGGGUAUGUUAUUGGCCUGAGUGGGCGUGAGGCCCCGGCGUCUGACUCCAUCUGCCAGGCUGCAGGGCACAGCAGCACUGGCAUAGACAGGCACGCUCUGUCUUCCAAUGUGCACCAGCCUUUUCUCACAUAUUUUGCCUGUUUUUAAAAAAUAGGAGAGGGUGCAGAUGGAUAGCUGUGCCCUCACCCUUCUAAGCCAGGUAAUAUAUUGAUGUGCAGACUUUUUAAGAAAUCUUAAGUUUUAUCACAAAUAUCAAGUAAUUUAUUUUUUCCAUUUUCAAAUACAAAAGUUAGCCUAGGAAGCCUCCCAGUCAUCCCGAAGGACCUUUUGACUUUGCUUUUAUAAUUCAAUAAAAAAUUGAGGAGGGGAUUAAUGGGUACAAUGAAAACAAAAAAAAAUUAAGGAGAGGAGAGCUCAAAAGAGGAUAAGAGACUGAAAAGGCACCUCAGAAUGGCUGCUGUGGGCAGAGUCUGUGGCAUGACUUUUCCCACCCUGCCCCUCUGGUCAGAGCAGCUGAGAGAUGGAAUCGGUGAGAUUAAAAAACUUCUGUUUGGCCAGGCAUGGUGGCUCAUGCCUGUAAUCCCAGCACUUUGGGAGGCCGAGGCGGGUGGAUCACGAGGUCAGGAGUUCAAGACCACCCUGGCCAAUAUGGUGAAACCCUGUCUCUACUAAAAAUACAAAAAUUAGCCGGGUGUGCUGGCUCACGCCUGUAUUCCUAGCUACUCAGGAGGCAGAGACAGGAGAAUCGCUUGAACCCGGGAGGCAGAGGUUGCAGUGAGCUGAGUUCGCACCACUGCAUUCCAAUCUGGGUGACAGAGCAAGACUCCGAAAACAAACAAAAAAAAAACUUUUGUUCAAGCUGCAUCUUCACAUUGAAUGAAGCAUUCAGAGAGGCGACUGCUGCUGUCCACAACUGUGGGCAGAAGGGUGCCUUUUCCCGGUUUAUCGUCCAGGAGGCUGAACGGGAAAUACUCAAAUCGCUGAGGUAUAUGUUUUCCAGAUGCUGGCCCCCAUGGCACCUUUCCCCGUGUCUUUCUACCAAGCCUCUUGUGUUUAUUCUACGCAAGGAAGACAGAGUAGACCAUGUUCUCUGCGUGCUGUGUAUGUCCUGGUGUCACUCAUUGCCUCCUCUCUGUCACCGCCCUGACACAAGUCAGCUGAAUAGUUGACUCUGAAUAAUGCAAGACCCAGCUUACUUCCAGAAUGGUCCAGGACCCUCCUCCUUCUGCCAGUUUCUUUUUUGGUUCAUGUGGCAUAAUCAUCUUCCAAAAUUAACUGAAUGCCCCAGAAAAUGAUGUUACCGCUAAAAUACUGUCUCCAAGAAGGCAUACUGUAACGGAAAAGAUAGGUAAGAGAUUUUUUUUCCCGAGAAGUAAGAAUUAAUUGUUGUUCAAUCAAUGUUCAAAGUCUGGAAACUGUUCACAGUAUGUUGUUCUUGGCUAUUAUUUAUAUAUAAUGAAUUAUUUUCUCUCUCAAUCAUGCCAUAGUGGAGACUUUUGUUUCGGAAUAAGUGACAGAGUAAUAUGAAAUACUGUGAUAUGUCAGAGUGACAUGCAGCACCAUGAGCCUGUUUUUAUGUUCUGUGAACAGUGGCAUUUGAUUGAGAUCAAAGCCUGUCACAGCCUGCUGCUGGGGGUGUGGGGAUAUGCCAGAGUCCUGUGUUUGGUUUUAGAAGUUUACUGAAUGUUUCCCACAUGGAGUAAUGGGUGGCAUGUUAGUUUCUGUAGGAGUGAUAAAGUUGUACAUCUGUCAUAGUUGCAUUUCAAAUUGAACACAUAGAUGCUUGCCUGUCUACUUGGGUGAAUGCCUCUUGGGAGAGCACAGAUUACAUGCAUGAUGUAUGUUAAGAAACAGAUUCCGGCCAGGCACGGUGGCUUAAACUUGUAAUCCCAGCACUUUGGGAAGCUGAGGCGGGCAGAUUGCGAGGUCAAGAGAUUGAGACCAUCCUGGCUAACAUGGUGAAACCCUGUCUCUACUAAAAAUACAAAAAUUAGCUGGGCAUGGUGGUGCAUGCCUGUAGUCCUAGCUAUUCGGGAGGCUGAGGCAGGAGAAUCACUUGAACCCAGGAGGCAGAGGUUGCAGUGAGCCAAGAUCACGCCAGUGCACUCCAGCCUGGUGAUAGAGCGAGACUCCGUCUAAAAGGAAAUUUAAAAAAAAACAAAAAAAAAACGGUUUCCAUAAAUGGAGCUUGAUUUGCUCUGCUGUCCUUAAGCCCUCAUGGGUUUUGUUUGUUUGUUUGUUUUUUUGAAAGAGUCUUAUUCUGUCACCCAGGCUGGGGUGCAGUGGUGCGAUCUUGGCUCACUGCACCCUCUGCCUCCCAAGUUCAAACAAUUCUCCAGCCUCAGCCUCCCGAGUAGCUGGGAUUACAGGCGCCUGCCACCAUGCCCGGUUAAUUUUUGUAUUUUUAGUAGAGAUGGGUUUUACCAUGUUGGCUGGCCAGGCUGGUCUUGAACUCCUGACCUCAGGUGAUCUGCCCACCUUGGCCUCCCAAAGUGCUGGGAUUACAGGCGUGAGCCACUAUGUCCGGCCAAGCCCUCGUGUUCUGAACCUUGUCAAGGCUCUGCCUGAAUGAGUUUUCAUCUGAUUGUGGGGACCAAGUCCCUGAGUAGAGGGCCAAGAGCUAGGGAUGGGGGGAAGAUACUGGCCCAGGUGGUAGGGAGGAAAGAAUUCCCAGAGUUUCCUUUAGCCAGGAAACCUACUCUACUGACCCUAGCAGUAGAGGCCUGGACAGUCAGACCCCACCCUGAUAGUGACAAGUGUGAAAUGACUCCCUUCCUCCCCCACCCUCCGGAAGUAUAUUCAGAUACUUGAAAGCAAUCCUUUUCUAAAAUUGCCGUACCUAAUUUGGCCUGAAUGAUGAAAAGAAAUAAGAGUUACAAGGGAAAAAAGAAAAAGAGUUACAAGGGCAUUCUAGUCUAUUUUUUGGAACAGAAUAUUAGUACUGUGGUAUUGCGUUUCAUGGGAGUGGAAGUGUAUUGGUAAAGCCACCUGAUGGAAGCUUUCUCUUGGUAACAAAAAUGGAGGGUGUAUUAUGUGCAGUUAUUUAAAUAUUUGUAUUCCAUUGUUGAGUGUGUUUUUUUUUUCCCCCCCGAGACAGAGAUUUGCUCCCGUUGCCCAGGCUGGAGUACAGUGGUGUGAUCUCGGCUCACUGCAACCUCUGCCUCCUGGGUUCAAGUGAUCCUUCUGCCUCAACCUCCCAAGUGUAGCUGGGAUUACAGGUGUGCGCCACCACACCUGGCUAAUUUUUCCUUUUUUUUUUUUUUUUGAGACGGAGUCUCGCUCUAUUGCCCAAGCUGGAGUGCAGUGGCAUGAUCUCAACUCACUGCAGCCUCUGCCUCCCGGGAUCAAGCGAUUCUCCUGACUCAGCCUCCUGAAUAGCUGGGAUUACAGGUGCCUGCCACCCGCCUGUUUAAUUUUUGUAUUUUCAGUAGAGACAAGGUUUUGCCGUGUUGACCAGGGUGGUCUCAAACUCCUGACCUCAAGUGAUCCACCCGCAUUGACCUCCCAAAGUGCUGGGAUUACAGGCGUGAGCCACUGCGCCUGGCCCAUUGUUGUGUAAUUUUAAUAAUUAGUUUUUUAAGUACUUGAUUUUAUGCGCACAUUUUUGUGGGAUGAUUGCAGUUAAUCAAAUAUAGGUUGUCAUGUGUGUAGUUUGGUAAGAUAACUUUUUUAAAUUCAUGUUUUCUCUGCCUUGAGGUAGUGAGGGAAAGAUCUUAAUCAGGAUUUUGGUAAUUACCUGAUUGAAUUCAAGCAAAUGAGACAUCAUGAAGUUCAGUGGUUAUUGAUAUUUCAGGGUAUAUACCUGACAUGCCUGGAGGAUGCAGAUUUCUCAUUCAUUCUUCGGUCUUUCAUUUCUCUAUAUAAAGAAAUGACACUUCUGGGAGGCAGUAGUAGCAGGAAGUCUAUGAAUUAAGUAGAGGGUCCCUUCCCUCAGGCUGUCAUUGAUCAGUGACAAUUUAUAAAAACAAACUACAAAGUCUGGUGCGGCAAGCGGCCACCUGCUUCCUAGAAGGAGCCCAUGAAGGUUAAACUCCAUGGUCAGUAUUCACAAGCGCCGGGCAUGGUGGCUCACGCCUGUAAUCCUAGCACCUUGGGAGGCCUAGGCGGGCAGAUCACCCGAGGCCAGGGGUUUGAGGAUUUGCCAGCAAAUGGUCCUCUCCUGAGUCUUUCCCAGAUACUCAGCAGUGCAGAGGCCGGCCGUGGAAGGUUGCAGUGGGACAGGAGUGUACUGUACGCCUUGCCUUACUUGUCACCUUUGAGAUUUCCAGAGAAAUGGGCAUAACAACUCCUAACAAUAACAACAAAAAGCAAAACACAUUCACCUAAGGUUGACAACAAAAGAUUAUCAAGUACCAUGUUUUCCAACCGACCAGUUAUUCAUGGUUAUAACAAAAUAAAGGUGGGAAACUGUUAGAAUUUUUAAGGAAACUAUGUACUUUCUUCUUUAUGAAUAUCCAAAUUUACUGUAAUCCUGCUCCAUUAAAUGCAACAUUGUUGUCAGGUGCUGCCCCUUGCUUGGGAACAGCAUUGGGCUUUUAAAUGUCUGCAGAAUCUCUGCACUCCAAGGGAACUGAGAAUGAACUUCGUGGUACUGUAAUGAAAAUAAGGUCUGCUCAACACAAUAAACUUUUCCUCUCUUCU